AUGGUUUCCUACAAACCAAUAGCUAAUAACUUUACCUCUAAAAAUAUAACAGAUAAAAUGAGAGAAUCCACCUACUCCACAGGUUCACAUGCAACUUCCUCCACGCAAAACUGCAGAUGUGCAAAAAUGAACACCGUUAUGUUGGUUCUGAAUGUCGUUGCUCUGGUCCUCGUAUUAUGGCAGUCCCCCUUCUCCUAUGAUUUGAAUGCUCCCUCGGAUGGAUACAAACAAACGGAAAAAAGAGCAGAACGAAUUCUUGAAGCAGAACACGUAAGUCCAUUGGAAGAAUCUGGGGAACUAUAUGGAGAGGAGGGUGAUGACAUGUACAACUAUAUAACCCUCUUUUCAGUCAAUCAAACGAAUAACUCACAAGAAGAAGAAGAAGAAGAAGAAGCACAACCACAAACAGAACAACAGGCCAUCCUAGAAGAAUUUGCUUUUGAUGAGCUCUUUCACAAAGUCAAUAACAACUGGAAUCAGACAGUGGAAAAUAUGGUCCAUCAAUAUGUUGCCUACACGGAUGGGUACAACAUGGAAGUUACCUGGAGAGAUGAAAUGUGGAACGAAGGUUGGUACAAAUACUUAGAAAGCAUACAUGCAGAUUUAAAUAAAUUUUUAAAUGAUGAAAGCCUUUCCCUGGAGGCUAGGGAAUGUGUAGCUGAGGAUUUACUUUACUGGGCCAAUGAUGACUUCAACUCGUUCUUAAAUAUAGUGAAGGAAGAAUGGGACAAAGAAACUACAAAACGAGGAGAGGCUCUCGUCAUAGAAGUGUGA